UCUCUGAUCCUUAGCCACUCUUCUGUAGUGGGCCAAGCAGUAUUAGCCAUCAAUGGCAUGGAUGUAAAUGGCAAGUACACGGCGGACAGGAAAGAAGUGCUGGAGUAUCUGGGUAAUUCUGCAAAUUACCCGGUUUCCAUUCGAUUUGGUCGGCCCUGCCUUACCUCCAAUGAGAAGCUUAUGCUGGCCUCUAUGUUCCACUCGGAUCAAGUUUGUGGUCCUGGCAGAUCCUAGGCAAGCUGGAAUAGAUUCUCUUCUCCGAAAUAUUUAUGAAAUUUACUCAGACUUUGCCCUCAAGAAUCCAUUCUACUCCUUGGAAAUGCCUAUCAGAUGUGAGCUAUUUGACCAAAACCUGAAGCUAGCUCUUGAGGUGGCGAAGAAGGCUGGCACUUUUGGACCUGGGUCAUAGGAUGAACUUGGAAUGGACCCCUAAGUUCUGAGACAUGCUCCAGGGCUUUGCUGUUUCUACUCCAGUGAGGAUUCCUGCAGCGGCCUUGCUAAUAUACUUGAAAAUGGUAGAACACUGAGCCUGGAGAUGGGGACAGAUCCUGGCUCGAAUGCUGUGUCCUCUGCCCCUCUGUAUAUAUCACAGUCCUAUGUCCUACUCUGUACAGGUUUAUUUAUGGAGGGAGCUAGCUUAGCAGUGCUGUAAUAAACAUUC